AUAUCACUUUGAGUUUGCACAUAGCGCGGUUCGGACGCGCCGCGAAAAAGUCGAAUUGGCAUGAAUUUCAGUGCAUUAGUUGAUAAAAUUAUAUUAUUAAGUUUAUAAAUAACUUGCGUUCAGAGCUCGUAGCACUCAGCGUAGCGAGAGCCUACGAGACGAUACCGCGAGUCCGUGUCGGAGUGGUCAUUUACUGUAUAUUCUGUUCUUUUGCUGUGUAUAAGAAGAAUACAUUAUGGCAUCAAAGAAUACAGUUCAUUCUUACUUGUGUUACGCGAGAUUCCUAAGUAACCCUGGAGAUUCGAGUGUCAAUAUAUUAAGCGAAGUUUAUCCAAGGAUAGUGGAUGGCCCAGUAGUCGCCUCGGGCAUACCCAGGGUUCCUGAUGUAGAGGAAGCCCAGCAAUCAGGGCGUCAGGGUGGGCCAGCUCCUAGACCGACUCAGGCCGGAACAACCUCGGUGAUCGGAGUGGCAGAAAUAACAAACAACAAACUGAUCUGGCGGCAACUGUUCGCCGAAUUGCUGGGCACAUUCCUGCUGACCUCCGUGGGUGUGGCUGCCUGCAUCACCAUCAGUUUAGACAGCGCUCCACAGACUACCAGCAUUGCGCUCUGCUUCGGUCUGCUCGUUGCUACUAUAGUUCAGGCAAUCGGACACGUCUCGGGUGGUCACAUUAACCCUGCAGUCACGUGCGGCCUGUUCUUUGCUGGAGAAAUAAGGCUGCUCAGAGCGUUGUUCUACGUCGUCGUGCAGACCCUCGGCGCUGUCGCUGGUGCUGCCUUCAUCAGAUUGGCUGUGAACGAAGAAGCUUUGAAGCGAGGAUUUGGCCUUACUCAACCAGGAGAGGGCAUAACCGAUGGCCAGGCGGUGCUAAUAGAGGCGCUCAUCACCUUCGUCCUGGUGAUGGUGGUGAUGGGAGUAUGUGAUGGAAAGCGAAACGACGUCAAAGGCUCUGCACCUCUCGCCAUUGGUCUCGCCAUCACUGCAUGUCACGCUGCCUGCAUACCUUUCACUGGAUCCAGUAUGAAUCCGGCGCGAUCCUUCGGGCCUGUUGUCGUAGAAAAUGACUGGACUUCACAUUGGGUAUACUGGGUGGGACCUAUCUCCGGAGGCAUAAUUGCCGGUCUCUUCUACCGACUCGUGUUCCGCAUUGGAAAAGCAGAAGCCGGCUCGUACGACUUCUAAACUAAGACGAGAAAUACCUACGCGACAUGUGAAUGUCGCGCGACAAGCAAAUCGUGCCUUUAUAUUAUAAAUUAUUGAAUAUUACGAGUGCUAUGAUAGUUGUUUUAUAUUGCUGGUGUCGUACAUUCCUCGUAGCCGUAGCCACAAGUUAAUUUAUUAUAGAAUAAGCUCAUUGAUAUACACGAGAAAAUUGUUACUGUAGUUCGAAGUAUUUGUUACGUAUCUAUAUAGAAGGAAUAUGUAAAUAUACGUAUGUCAUUUUUAAUAAAAUAACAUUUGAUUGAGAUGAAAUGAGAUAAGAUUCUAGUUUACUAGUAUGACCGGAUGCGUCUAUUAAUGGCGUAAAAAUGAUAGGAUAGCUGGUUUCAAGUAGAUACUUUUUAAAGAUUGUCCUAGCGGCAAAUGACCUUGUAAAAACAUUCAGCAGAAUAUAAGAAAUGUUGAAAUCAAGAAAACAUGUAUCAAUGAGCUUAUUGUAAUAAAGUUACAAUUUUGUUAAAAUUAUUUUUAGACGCUUUGUCUCAACUGUAUUAAGUACAAAGUGAAAGUAAAUCCAAAGCCAAUGAUUAAAUAUCAAAUGUGAAAUUUGUUAAUUGGAAUAACUCAUAUCUGCUAAGAGAAUUUAAUUAUAUUCAUUGUUACUAUAUUUUAAAACUUUACUUGGAUACUCAGAUUGAAUUCAAAAAUAUGAUUAAAUUCAUACUUAACAGACAGUGAUUUUUUCAAUUUCGAUUCUUGUAAUAUUAAAUAGAAUUUAAAGUUAAUACAUAAGUUUAUUUAUAUCGUGUGAAUAAAUUA